GUACCUCAGAACCCUGAAGCCGAGAGGAGCCAGGCUAGAUCCCCCAGAGAAGUCAUGAUUUUGGGAGAUGCAGAGUCAUCUGUGAGAACAUCUUCGGGGAGCUCUCUCUGGGAACGCUCGUGGCUCUUGUGAGGAAAGGGCUGCGGGGCUUGGGUGGGUGGACGGCUGGGCUGCAGCUAUGGACCGAGAGCUGGCCCAGGCCUGCAUCCCUGCUGAGCCUGCCCAAGUGUGGCUUCUCCCACCAUGGGCUCCUCGGUGUACAUCACGGUGGAGCUGGCCAUCGCUGUGCUGGCCAUCCUGGGCAACGUGCUCGUGUGCUGGGCCGUGUGGAUCAACAGUAACCUGCAGAACGUCACCAACUUCUUUGUGGUAUCGCUGGCGGCGGCUGACAUUGCGGUGGGUGUGCUCGCCAUCCCCUUCGCUAUCACCAUCAGCACCGGCUUCUGCGCCGCCUGCCACGGCUGCCUCUUCUUCGCCUGUUUUGUCCUGGUCCUCACGCAGAGUUCCAUCUUUAGCCUCUUGGCUAUCGCCAUCGACCGCUACAUCGCCAUCCGAAUUCCACUCCGGUACAAUGGCUUGGUGACAGGUAUGAGGGCGAAGGGCAUCAUUGCAAUUUGCUGGGUGCUGUCGUUUGCCAUUGGCCUGACCCCCAUGCUGGGCUGGAACAACUGCAGUCAGAAAGACGGGAACUCCACGAAGACCUGCGGCGAGGGCCGGGUGACCUGUCUGUUCGAGGACGUGGUGCCCAUGAAUUACAUGGUUUACUACAACUUCUUUGCGUUCGUGUUACUGCCCCUUCUGCUCAUGCUGGCCAUCUACCUACGGAUUUUUCUGGCGGCCCGGAGACAGCUGAAGCAGAUGGAGAGCCAGCCCCUGCCAGGGGAGCGGACUCGGUCCACGCUGCAGAAGGAGGUCCACGCUGCCAAGUCCCUGGCCAUCAUCGUCGGGCUCUUUGCUCUGUGCUGGUUGCCGCUGCACAUCAUCAACUGUUUCACCUUCUUCUGCUCCACGUGCCGGCACGCCCCUCCGUGGCUCAUGUACCUGGCCAUCAUCCUCUCCCACAGCAACUCCGUCGUCAACCCCUUCAUCUACGCCUACAGGAUCCGGGAGUUCCGCCAGACCUUCCGGAAGAUCAUCCGAACCCACGUCCUGAGGCGGCAGGAACCCUUCCAGGCAGGGGGUUCCAGUGCCUGGGCCCUGGCAUCUCACAGCACUGAGGGAGAGCAGGUCAGCCUCCGCCUUAAUGGCCACCCCCUGGGGGUAUGGGCCAACGGCAGUGCCACCCAUUCCGGACGGCGGCCCAAUGGCUACACUCUGGGGCUGGGGGGUGGAGGGAGUGCCCAAGGCUCUCCUCGGGAUGUGGAGCUUCCUACCCAGGAGCGCCAGGAAGGCCAAGAGCACCCUGGCCUAAGGGAUCAUCUGGUCCAGGCUAGAGUAGGAGCUUCCUCAUGGUCUUCAGAGUUUGCCCCUUCCUGAGGGAAAGACAUUUUAAUAUUUUUUGGUUGGCUGGACCAAUCUCACUAAGGGAAGAGAAACCCAUUGGGCGCCUGGCUCCCACUUUGAACUACAAAGAGGGGGCAUGAAGUUGGAGCAGCAUGAAGCCCAGUAAAAAAGGCCUGGGGUGGAGGAAGCAAUGCUUCGUGCUACGGGGCCCUGUGUUAGGUCAGGGCUGCAGUAGCAUCUGCAAAGGCAGGGCCCAGUUCCCCUGCUCCAGAAGCGUCCAAAAAGCUGUCUUGUCUCUCUAGAGCGGUUGUGGCUUAGAGGACUGGCCUGGCCCGAUGCUAGAAUAUAGGAGCUUCAGACCUCCUGCUGUAGUACACUACUCUCCCCAGACUGCCUAGGGCUCAGGGAGCUGCUGGCCUAGAAGGGGCACUUGGCUAUUUCUUUUUCAAGAAGAUAAAAAUGUGAGGAAACCCGUUCUAUUUUAUUGACUUCCCCCCUCCCCUGCCUGCUGGGUCUGUGGUCGAUUCUGAUGGGACCCCGGUCCCAAAGAAUUGAAGGUGGUCUUCUUGGGCUAGCCCAAGCUACCAUGCACUUAGUCACAGGGCUAUCUCUGACCAACAAAGCUGGGCUGGAAGACAGCAACUAUGAAGGGAAGGAUUCCAGAGCAUGGGCUCAGGUCCCAUGAGAGAGAUUAGAGAUGUCAAGCCAUGGACCUGAACCUGGGUAGUUCAGCGCUACCCUGUCCGAGGCCCUGACUACUGCCUUUCCUUCUGGAGGGACUUGUUUGUUUGUUUGUGGUUUUUUUUUUCCCCUGAGGUAAAAUAAAAUGAGCCACACUGUGUUUUAAAUUUGC